AUGUUUCUCAGAUUCUGCCCAGUGAGCUUCACUUGGAAACGGAAAGCAAAAAUCCAACUUUUCACGACCCUUUCGCAAGCUUCGGAACCAUAUUCCCCUCACGUGAUCUCCACCAACAUCUCAAUCUCUCACUGCGCCAAAACCGGGAAACUCAAAGAAGCACGCCACAUGUUCGAUGAAAUGCCGCUUAAAACAGUUUCCUCAUGGAACACCAUGAUCUCUGGCUACUCCCAAUGGGGGAACUACACUGAGGCUUUGACUCUUUUUUUCAUCAUGCACCGUUCUUGUGUCGAGUUCAAUGAGAUUUCUUUUUCAGCAGUUUUGAGCGCGUGUGCACGUUCUGAGUCUUUGUUCCUUGGAAAGCAGGUUCAUUCCCUCCUUUUGAAAUCUGGACAUGAGAGGUUUGGCCUCGUGGGGAGUGCCUUGUUGUAUUUCUAUGCGCGCUGUUGUGGAGUUAGAGAAGCUGAGCAAGUUUUUGAGGAGCUGGGUGAUGAGAAUCACUCAUUGUGGAGUUUGAUGCUUGCGGGGUAUGUGCAGCGUGACAUGAUGGGUGAUGCUAUGAAAUUAUUUAACAAGAUGCCUGUUAGGGAUGUCGUGGCUUGGACUACGUUGAUAUAUGGGUUUGCCAAGAGGGAAGAUGGGUGUGAGACGGCUUUGGAUUUGUUUCAGAGUAUGAGGAGGAGUUCUGAGGUGUUGCCUAAUGAGUUCACUUUGGAUUGUGUUAUAAGGAUUUGUGCUAGACUUAAGGUUCUGUAUUUAGGGAAGGUUGUUCAUGGACUUUGCAUUAAGGAUGGUUUUGAUUUUGAUAACUCCAUUGGCGGCGCACUUACUGAGUUUUAUUGUGUUUGCGAUGCUGUAGAUGAUGCGAAGAGAGUUUAUGAUAGCAUAUCAGCAGAAGCUAGUUUGAACGUUGCUAACUCAUUGAUUGGUGGCCUUAUCUCAAUAGGGAUGGUCAAAGAAGCUGAGCUGAUCUUUAAUGGAUUGAGAGAGAAAAAUCCCAUCUCUUAUAAUUUGAUGAUUAAAGGUUAUGCGAUGACUGGUGAGUUUGAAAAUUCGAAAAAAUUGUUCGAGAGAAUGAGUGUCAAACAUUUAACCUCCUUAAAUACUAUGAUUUCUGUGUAUUCCAAAAAUGGUGAACUGGAUGAAGCUGUGAAGCUUUUUGACAAAACUAAAGGUGAAAGAAACUGUGUAACAUGGAAUUCAAUGAUGUCAGGUUACAUUCAUAACGGUCAACACAACGAGGCAUUAAAGUUAUACGUGACUAUGCGCAGACUAUCUGUCGUGUAUAGCAGAUCAACUUUCUCUGUCCUAUUUCGUGCUUGUGCGUGUCUCUGUUCUUUUCAGCAAGGCCAGUUGCUUCAUGCGCACUUAGCCAAAACACCAUACCAUGCAAAUGUUUAUGUCGGGACUGCUCUUGUAGACUUCUAUUCAAAAUGUGGUCGCUUGGGUGACGCUCAAAGGUCUUUCGCCAGCAUCUUUUCACCUAAUGUAGCUGCAUGGACAGCUCUUAUAAAUGGUUAUGCAUAUCAUGGACGAGGAUCUGAGGCGAUUUCACUCUUCCACUCAAUGUUAGAUCAAGGAGUUGUUCCAAAUGCAGCUACUUUUGUUGCUGUUCUUUCUGCCUGUAGCCAUGCCGGUCUAGUUGACGAAGGUUUAGAAAUAUUCCAUUUAAUGCAGAUAAGCUACAGGGUAAACCCAACAAUAGAACAUUACACAUGUGUGGUGGAUCUUCUUGGUCGAUCAGGUCGUGUGAAAGAAGCUGAAGAGUUUAUUAUAAAAAUGCCUAUUGAAGCCGAUGGUGUAAUUUGGGGAGCUUUGCUCAACGCCUCGUGUUUCUGGAACGACGUGGAAGUUGGAGAGAGAGCUGCUGAGAAGUUGAUCAGUUUGGAUCCAAAUUCACUAUCUGCUUUAGUUAUUCUGUCUAACAUGUAUGCUGUACGAGGUAGAUGGGGGAAGAAGACAAAAAUUAGGAAGAGAUUACAGAGUUUGAAAUUGAGAAAAGAUCAAGGCUGCAGCUGGAUUGAGUUGAACAACAACAAUAUUCAUCUGUUCUCAGUAGAAGAUAAAACACAUCCUUUUUCUGAUGUUAUUUACAAAACUGUAGAGCAUAUUACAGCAACCAUUAACUCUAUCGUACCAUUUAAUCAUCAUUAUAGCAGCAAUGCUGGUUAG